AUAUAAUACCAAUAACAACAAGAAAGCAUUUGGGUGCUCCAGCAGCGUGCGGGGCGGCAUACAAAAAAAAUUUAGUGGAGAUCGGCGGGCGGCACUCGACAGGAAAGAGUAAACACCUUAUAAGCAGUUUGAGGCGUGACUUUAGCCACGCAAUAGUCGUCAACCUGGCCGGAAGCAACGCCGCCAACAGUUCCAUCAACACCACCAGCACCAGCACCAACACCUGUAAAAGUAACAAAAGCAACAGCAACAACAAACACAACCAGAAGACUGAGACACCGUCCAUUAGAGCAGCACAGAAAAUGGCCUCAACCGGGGAAAUUUGGCUGCAAUGGUUCUGUUGUUUCCAACAGCAAAGGUCCCCCUCACGCCGUCCGCACCAACGACUGCGUAUCGAUCGUUCCAUGAUCGGUAAUCCCACAAAUUUUGUGCACACGGGCCACAUCGGAUCGGCCGAUGUAGAGCUCUCGGCGAACCGUCUGAACGCGAUCUCAACGCAAAUGCAGAGCAAGGGAGGCUAUGAAACGAACUCGAUCCACUCGCUACAUGCCUGCUGAUGUUGCCCACCACCACAAGGCGUUGUUGUUGUAGCUGUGCUUUGUGUUGUUGCAUUUCGUGCAAUUUUUUUUUUGUAAUUUUUAUAAAAACAUUUCUUAUAAUUCUUUGUUAAACGCGAGUGUUAUCAGUUGUUCCAAAGGCGAUGAUGAUGCCGGCGAAGAAGCAAAUUAACAAUCAGCUCCACAAAACUGUCCAGUGGAACGAAAGGUGCAGAGAAAGAGCGCUGAAGAGUGGAAGGGCAGGAGAGUGCUGCUGUAGAGGAGUUGAUAUUGGAAAGCACCACAGGCACGGACAAUGGAUUCGGAAGGGCAGGAGAGUGCUGCUGUAGAGGAGUUGAUAUUGGAAAGCACCACAGGCACGGACAAUGGAUUCAAUUAUGGGAUUGAAUAACACCAGCUAUAUACAUACACACAUAUAUGUAUAUAUUUUAUAUGUAUACUAUAUGAGCAUGUGGUCGGUACCGAUGUUGACAAAGAGAUACCCAAUUCUCAGUCCAUAUUUCCUUUGAAACUGUACUGUUGCACCUUUUGCGAGUAUUAUUUAUAUGAAAAAACUCAAAAGAUUUAACAGUCGAUCAAAAAAUCUCUACAAACAAAAUAAAACGAAUCGAAAUUAACUAAUUUGCAAACCCAAACUCGAAAUAAAAUCAAUUUUUUAACAAA